CAGAGCAGCAGCCUGGGGGCUCCGGGGCCGGGGUUUAGGGGCCGCCGCCCGGAAUGAACCGCGCCGGGGACAAUCCGGACUCGCCGCCUCAGGGGUGCACUUCGCAGGGUCCCUGACUGAGCAGAAACCACCUGGGAGCAGCCGCCGCUUCUGAAGCUCCGGUCGGGCUGGACGCUGCAAACCUGCUUCCGCAAUGGGUAAUGAGGAGCUGUGGGCCCAGCCAGCCUUGGAGAUGCCGAAAAGACGGGACGUCCUUGCAAUCGUCCUCAUCGUGCUGCCCUGGACGCUGCUGGUCACCGUGUGGCACCAGAGCACCAUCGCACCGUUGCUCACAGCGCACAAGGAUGAUGGCAGUGACCCCCGGCGCUCCGCACCACCUGGCAUGGACCCCAGGGAGUACUGCAUGUCCGACCGUGACAUCGUGGAGGUGGUGCGCACCGAGUACGUGUACACGCGGCCCCCGCCCUGGUCCGACACGCUGCCCACCAUCCACGUGGUGACGCCCACCUACAGCCGCCCGGUGCAGAAGGCGGAGCUGACACGCCUGGCCAACACGCUGCUGCACGUGCCCAACCUGCACUGGCUGGUGGUGGAGGACGCACCGCGCCGCACGCCGCUGACCGCGCGCCUGCUGCGCGACACCGGCCUCAACUACACACAUCUGCACGUGGAGACGCCCCGCAACUACAAGCUGCGGGGAGACGCCCGCGACCCACGCAUCCCGCGGGGCACUAUGCAGCGCAAUCUGGCCCUGCGCUGGCUGCGAGAGACCUUCCCCCGCAACUCCAGCCAGCCUGGCGUGGUCUACUUCGCUGACGAUGACAACACCUACAGUUUGGAGCUCUUUGAGGAGAUGCGCAGCACCAGGAGGGUGUCCGUGUGGCCUGUCGCCUUCGUCGGUGGCCUUCGGUACGAGGCCCCACGGGUCAACGGAGCAGGGAAGGUGGUCGGCUGGAAGACAGUGUUUGACCCCCACCGACCGUUUGCAAUAGACAUGGCUGGAUUUGCGGUCAACCUGCGGCUCAUUCUGCAGCGAAGCCAGGCCUACUUCAAGCUGCGUGGUGUGAAGGGAGGCUACCAGGAAAGCAGCCUCCUUCGAGAACUUGUCACCCUCAAUGACCUGGAGCCCAAGGCUGCCAACUGCACCAAGAUCCUGGUGUGGCACACGCGGACAGAGAAGCCUGUGCUGGUGAACGAGGGGAAGAAAGGCUUCACUGACCCCGCUGUGGAGAUCUGAGCCCCAGGAUCCAGGAGCCUCCUCACACCCUGUUCCUGGCCUUCCAUCCUCUCCCCACGGUUGAUGGCCCCUCCGAGGCAAACUCCAAGGAACGGCCAUCAUCCGCCUUUCUAUUCUGGGCCUUCAGAGCGAGCCCAGCGGCGCCAGGACGAAGGACGGAGAACCUAAAGCACAGAAACCCCAGACCGUUGCUCUCUCCAUCCAGCGUGCCCAGGCCCAGCUGCCAGCCAGGCCGCAGUCAGCACGCCGCGGCCGGGCAACCUCUCCAGAGCUUCCUGCCUUGACAGGCCUGCGGGAGCGGACCGGGGCUCACCCAGGCCCGAGUGAUGCCACACUUGGCGGGAGGCGAGAAGACUCAGCCGUGGGGAGGAGGGUGGCCCUCCUGGCUCCUGACUCCUAGGGACCAGCACGGCCACACAGGCCAGCCAGCCAGGUCUGAAGACCGGACAGCAGGCCCUGCCCGGGCAUCGGGAGCGCCUGUCCCCUCUUCGGAGAGUUGUUCCCAAGUACACGUGCCUCUGUGGUUGUCCUCUAGUCCCUGUUUCCAGAGCAUACGUCUGUCUUCGAUCCCAACAGGUGACCAACCCUGCAUGAGGGGGCCUGGGCCUGCCAGCAGGCUCCCCUGUACCUCAGGCUGUGGUGGGGGAAGAGCCCCUUCCUCUGGCCCGUGCCCCUCAAGCCUGCUCCUUGCAGCACAGAGAAGCAGAUGGGCCCUUGAGCCAGCACAGGUCAUGGACUGACCUAGACUAAGACCACGUGGGCCCCUGUCCCCACACUGCCACCCCCACUGCCUGCUGGGCUCCAGCGCCCCUGCCUGGCCAGGACGGAGAGGGCAGAAGCCCUCCUCCUGAGCCUUGAGACCUCAGUGGCUCGAGUGAGCAGGAGCAGGAGAGGCAGGGAGAGCAGGGAGGCCGGGGCAACUCCAAGACUCCUUCCUGCCCCUGGUUGGGGGAGGGGACUGCGUUAGCAGAGAGAUUUAUGGAAAAGGGGCAGAGGUCAUCUGAACACUGAGGCGAAAAGAUACCUGAGCACACACGACUUUGGAAAUCAUUCUAUUUUAAACACAAAAUGAGAAAGAAAAUCUCACUUGUCCCUGGUGGGGAGCAGGCAGAGUGAGCCGCCUCGGGGCCCCUGCAGCCUCACGGUGGUUCCGUCCCCCAGGAGGGCAGUGUGUCCUUCCAGGCCAAGGGGCGGCCUCUGGCUUUUGGGCCGGGACAGGGCCCCCUGGUGGUCAUCUCGCUCAUGCUCCCGAAAGCUGGAAGCACAAUGUUCCUCCCCAGAGGAGGAAAAGGAAAGUCUUGAGCCUACUGAAGAGGUGUUUAUUUUUUAACCGCUAACAGCACCCACUUCAUCUAAACUCACAGGACCAGGCUGAGGACCACAGAGAACCCACUCCUGGGUGGGUGGGGGAAUAGGACUUAGUCCGGCAACCUAAACAUUAAAAAUAUAGCAUUGGCUGCCUAUCGUGAGAUGGACUGAAUUGACCACAGCAGUCAUGACCCGAUCCAGUGGGAUCUCAGCCCUGAGGACCCUGCGCCACCCUGCAGGACGUCCCCACCUCUUACGUUUUCAGUGGUUGCUGUGAAAUCAACCUGAGUCAAGUGGCAUGGCGUGGGAGAGAGGGGGCAGUGGGCACAGGGCGACCAUCCCACUGCCUCCCGAGACCAGCCCUGAGUGCUCAGGUGAGCUUGGUCUUAGGCCACUUUCUCGGCCAAACAAGCAAACAACCCAGGGCUCAUUUUCAGGAAAUUGAUAAUGAACAACAAAAUGAGGUCUUUUCUCUUCUUCCCUCCCCUUGAUUAGUAUUUUUUGGGCAGACACUAGUUGUUUUCGCCCGUGUCCUCUUCCAGCUGCAUGUGGAUGGAUUGAUACUGUAACCUGGUGGACUGCAGCCUCCAUCUCGUUGGGAAUGAGUUUGUUACAAAGCAGAACGCAGUCCGUGACUACAGUUUCUUUUCCAAAGGCGGUCUGCUCCCUGCUCCCCACCCUAGAGGAGUGAGGCUGGGGGUUGGGCGUCUCCAACAGAGACAGGGAGGGUGGAGCCCGUGCCACUGCACCAUCUGGUCUGUUUUAAUUUAACUGUAUUUAAUUUGUUUUCAAAAGUAA